AUGGAGUUUAUCGUGUCGGAGGCAUCUCCACGGGGUCGUUUCUCGUUAAGAUUCAAAAACCCAAAAAUAGUUAUUUUGUGGAAAUCGAAGUAUUAUGUAUUAGGGGUGUUGGGCUGUGUUUGAUCUGAUUUGUUCCAGUACAAAAACAUGGAAUUGUGGAGGGAGAGCGUAUUCAAAGUGCAAAGCAGGCUGGUGGAGGGCAUACAAGCAGAAGCCCAGCUGCAGGCGGCCGCAUAUCUUCUCUGUCAAUCGGACUACGAAGCCGUUAUAACAGAAAGAAGCAUUGAAAAUCUGUGUGGGUACCCUUUGUGUAAUAACAAAUUGCCGCCCCGUCAGAGGAAGGGUCGCUACAAAAUUUCGCUCAAAGACCACAAAGUGUACGACUUGCAGGAGACUUGGCUCUUCUGUUGCUCGCAAUGCCUCAUUAACAGCCGCGCUUUUUCUGACGCCCUCCAACCAGAUAAAGAAUUCGUCUUUGAGCAGGAUAAGGUUGCCAAGGUUCUCAACGAGCUCGCUUGUCUGUCUAUUGAUGGAAAUAAAAAGCAGGAAAAUGUUGCAGAAGAGGGAAAUAAGAUUUCAAUCUUAAGCGCGGAGCAGGAAAAGUUUUCUUCACAGUUGUUAAUACACGAGCAAGAAGAUGGCGGGGGUAAAAAAAUUGCAGUUUUUGACUAUGCGAGGGAUCCUUCGGAUGCUAUUGAAGGUUACGUUCCUCGAAAGGACAGGCAGCAAGAGCUACUGCGCACUUCUGAGAAAAAAGGGACCAAGAAAACUAAGAGCUCUCCAAAAGGAGUUCCAAAGAGUGAGGCUAAUUUCACCAGCACCAUAAUAUGUGGAGAACCAUGUGCUGAGGUAGUUUCAGAUUCUGCUACAAGUUUAACCUCUUUUAGAGGGCAGCUUUCAGAUCAAAGAGAUCAAAACUCAUUAAGGAAUGAGGAUUUAGUCACGGAGAACAACUCAGAAGUGUCAAAGUUGAAAUCUGCAAUGAAGUCUGGAGCAAUAAAACAAUUGAACCGAAGUGUUACAUGGGCUGAUGAAAAGGAAUUUGACAAAUCACUUGAGAAUGGCAGUAUGUAUGAUUCAGAAAAGCCACUCACUAUUGUUUCUCCCGGGUCAGAUAGCAAAAAACAGUCUGAUACAUUUGAUAAGGAUGGCAUGAGCAUGGAAUCUGUCAAACCAGAGUUGAGUGGGGAAAGUGAUAGUGCUGGCCGGUUUGAAUCAGCAGAGGCAAUUGCACAGGCACUAACAGAAGCAGCAGAUGCAGUUGUUUCAGGAGAGAUCAGUGCUGAUGAAGCAGUUGCCAAUGCAGGAAUUUGCAUACUUCCUUGCACUGACCGUAGAAAUCCUGAAGAAUUGGAAGAUGAAGUAGAAAUGUUUGAUUCAUCGCAAACACACCAAAUUUGGCCAAGCAUACUUUCCAGUGGGGAUGAAGAAAGUUACGAAGCACAAAACUGUUGGUAUGAUUCCCCGCCAGAAGGUUUUUGUUUGGAGCUCUCUCCAUUUGCAACAAUGUGGAUGGCUUUUGACAGAUGGAUUACAGCUUCUUCAGUGGCUUAUCUCUAUGGUAGAGAGGAAAGUGAUGAAGAUAAUCCCUUAAUAGUCAAUGGACGAGAGUAUCCUCGCAAGAUUGUUUCUAGUUUGUCAGCUGAGAUUGAGAGAACAUUAGGAAGCUGGAUUUCACGUGCAUUGGCAGGAGUGGUUCAGACUCUAAGAUUAUCGACUUCAAUUUCAACUUUGGAGCAAGCUCUGGGACAUUUCUUGAAAUCAAUGACUCUUGUUGAUGCAAUACCAGCCUUUCGAAUGAAGCAUUGGCAUCUUAUUGUCACUCUGUUCUUAGAUGCACUCUCUGUGCAUCGCGUUCCCUCUCUUGGGAGACAAAUGAUGAACAAACGACCAUUGAUAGACAAGGUUCUUAAUGCUGCUGAAUUUUCAUAUGAGGAAUAUGAGGCCAUAAAAGAGCUUCUGCUACCACUUGGUCGCAAUCCUCAAUUUUCCUCUCAGAGUGGUGGCUAGAUACGUCUGUUGAGCUCAAUAAUUUUACCAUUUUCAUGAGCAAAUGAAUGCCAUCAUAAGAAUUACAUGGCCUUUGUUAAAUGUUUUAGUUGGAAAAAAAUAGGUAAAUGUGAGGGACUAGGGCUAUUGGAAAUAUUAUCAUCAGAGAAUAUAGAUUACAGAAAAAUUGUAAAUAUUUGUAAAUUGGUUGCAACUCAGGAAUGCACUCUUGUUAUGUUGAAAUAGUGCGUAUUGGGAUGAUUGCACUCUUUUGAAAUUGUUGAAUAUUUUUCUGUUGUUUUUAUAGUCGUCUUAGUAAAUAUGAGCCUUUGACUUUUCUUUGUUUCGUUA